CGCAGUGGGGCCUCGGGGCUGUGCAUUUGUAUCACUCUCCUCUUCUGUGUUUUUAAUUUCGUGACAGCCGGAGCCCUGGAGGCGGCUCCGGCCCGCGCCCCGUUUCCUGAUUGAUCGUGCUUUAAGCUGGGCUUUCCCCUCGACUACGUGUGAUUUUAAAGCAAUAAAUUCAGUAAUACACACGUGUUAUGGCCAAACCCGCCCAGAUAUCCCCCAUCUGAACUUUAGCUGAUCCAGAUCUCUGAGUUCAGUGAGAAUUAAGUGCCUGUGACACGGCAGUCAGCGGUCAGUAUUUCAGCAUGUGGGGGAGGCCGCCGUGUAAGCAUGGCUUCAUGGUUACUAAACGAUUAAAUUAGCAGGAUAUGGGCCAUAUAAAUUCCCUUGCAGUUUCCGGUUGCUUUCUUCGUACAUAAAUUGCACAAAGUGUAUGAAUAAAAUAAAGAUGCCGUGCACGGUUAGGGUUGCAGUGGGAUAUCUGCAGGAGCUGAGCAUCUGCAUUGACCUCUGAGGAAGGUUUGAAAGCAUAAAUGCUAAAAUGUAUUGUGAGCAGUUUUCUUUUUAUUUUCCUGACUAUUGACUAUUAUGAGAAAAAAUGUGGCAUUUCCUGCUUACUUUUGUGUUUGAUGUGCACAACCACAUUUGAUCAUGCAAGGGAGCAGUUUUCAUUAGGCAGUGCAAGAAAGGAGAGUUUUCAGUGUGGUCCGUCCUUCCCCACAUGGGUGUGGAUGUAAGCUGAACAGGGAUUUUUUUUCCUUGAAGCAUUUCUAAUCUUAAAACUAUGUUAGCCAGCUCCAGUGGGAGGGCAUUCUCUGACAGGAGAAACCUGUGAAGUCCCUUCCUCAGCUUCACAUGAGGGUCAAGUGAUAGGCUCCCCACAGUCAUCCCCUUGGAAGUGCUUCCCCUGCACUGUAAAUGACAUGACCUUUCCAAUCAGAUCUAGAUACCAGAUUUGCUGAAAGGUCAUAAACUUCAAAAUGGUCGUUUGAUAUUAAGUAUUACCAUUUUCUGGUUUUUAGUUCUACUAUCAAAGAGAUUUUCUCCUGAAAUUUGGUUUCAUCCAAGGUCUUGGCUCUUUAGCAAGUUUUUCUUAAAUAAUAUUGUCAAAAAACUCACCACCUCUGUCUUCAGCAGAAUGUGAGAACACCACUAGUUAUUACACUAAGAAAUACAUAUUAAAUUACUGCAUGAUUACAUACAUCAUUGUUUUUAUUAAGCACUCAGUGUGUGUUUAGUGCAGCAUAAAUAUUAAACAAGAUUAUUCUCCCCUUGGUGGGUUUACAGUCUGAAAGAUCUUCAUAGGAAGGAGUAGUAACAACAUAUCAUUAAAACACCACCUUUAAAUUAAUCUCUUUUUGUUUCCCUGUGGUUAACACUCAUUUGCUGUUGAUCAUGACUGGUGUAUCCUGGCAUGUCCUGUGGUGCUGUUUGGUGAUGUUACAGACCCCAGUUGUCCACUCUGCCCUCUGUGAGAAGUUCUCGUUCAGCCCAUGUGGAAGGAGAGCAUGUGUCCCUGCUUCAGCUGCUGCCACACAGAGCCCAGCAGCAUGGCUGAGAGCCACCUUUGAUGGCACUGCACGCUCAGACUUUGGUUGUUGUAUCAAAGCUCAAUUCCCUUCUGCCACCUCGGCUUCCUGUGAGGACAGCUGGAAACAUUCAUGUCUUUAACAGCUGCAGCAAGAUUCUGUGAAGCUGGUAUGUGAAAGCCCUGAGAGAAGAGACUCUGCACAUGGAAAGAGUGAUGCCCAGUUUUCACUGAUUUCUGCUGGAUUUAGGUUAGGAUUUGACUAUGGCAGUGCGGUUCCUGUGGAAGGCAUCAGUGUGGUUCAAGAAGCACAAGAUCGCUGUGUUGGCCGUUUCUUGCAUGGGACUGCUUGGCACUAACCUUUCCUCUCAUGUGUUUCCUGAGCAGACAUUCAGACUGCUGCACCAGUGCUGGUCCGAGGGGCAGCCAGCUGAGCUCUCAGAGCAGCUCUGUGCUGUGUUUCAGGAUGUCCUUCAAGAUGCUGCUGUGAAGUCCACUGGCUCCUACAGAGCCUUUGCAGCUUCUAGCUUCCACCCUCUGAGCGCUGGAAUUCCCUGGCUGCCCGAAGGCUGUUUGGUGGGCAUCCCACCUAACUUUGAUAGCACAGCUGAGGAUAAAAAAGGAAUAGUCAACCACGUUGUUGUAAUAAAUGGCAAGGAGGUAGACUGGGAGAGCAGUGAAGGUGUGGCUUUGAAGGAAGCUCUCACAUUUUCCCUUAAAGCUCAGAAGUUUGCCAUUGCCAGAGAAGUUGUGUACUUGCAGAGUGGCAGCCCUUUAGCAAGUGCAGUUGUGGCUCCCACUUGCUUGGCUGGGACUGUUGUCUGUGGGAGUGCUCUAAAGCUGCUGCUGGGGUUAUCCCGUGGCCCUGUGAUCCUCCGGGGCCUCUGUAACCUUGUCACUGCCAUGGGAGGACUGCUCUGCUACUAUGUCUCUUCUGAUGCCAUCACCCAUCACCUGGACUGCAGGGCCGACUCCAAGGCAGCCCGGCUGUCCAAGGACUAUGCCAGCGGUGGCCUUGAGUUUUAUGAUAAAAUCUUGUCCCGCAACAGGAUUUUUCGUGGUCUGAUGGGCAAAGAAGGGAUGAAAAUGUAUGCCCCAAGUGGUAACCUUUUCCCAAGGCACUGGUUCAGAUUAAAGUAUACCCCAUACACUUACCGGAGAACUUUGAUUCUUAAUGUUUUAAGAGAGCUCCAGGCAUCUGAUGGGAGUGCAUGAAUGUUAAACUUGUGAAUUAUGUAUUUUGGAAUACUGCUGUGCUGCUUUUUUCUUUUUUUCCUUCUGUAUCUUCAUUAGAAUUUCGGGGUUUAUUUUUGCAUAUAGUUCAGAAAGAGUUAUUGCACAUUUCUUGAAUAAAGAAUUCUCUCUUAAAAUAUUAAA